CAGUCUCAGCUCCUGCCCUCUUCUCUUCUCUUCCAAAAGUUCCAAGCUCUCUAUACUUUUACUACCUUGUGUUGCUCCUCUCUUGUUGGUUAGCAGGGACUAUUCCAAGUGAAAAAAAGAAGAGAAUGCAGUACCAGGCGGCGGAGUCGUGGGGGGCGGCGUACGCGGCGAUGGGCGGGCGAGCGGACCCACUGGAGAGGGUGGAGCGGCUGGCGGCGGAGAGCGCGGUGGUGAUCUUUAGCGUGAGUACGUGCUGCAUGUGCCACGCCGUGAAGCGGCUCUUCUGCGGCAUGGGGGUGAGCCCCACCGUGUACGAGCUCGACGAGGACCCCCGCGGUAAGGAGAUGGAGCGAGCCCUCGCCCGCCUCCUCGGCGGCGGCCCACCGGCCGUGCCCGUGGUCUUCAUCGGUGGCAAACUCGUGGGGGCCAUGGACCGGGUCAUGGCCUCCCACAUCAAUGGCACCCUUGUCCCUCUCCUCAAAGAGGCUGGCGCCCUCUGGCUCUAAGAAGAUGAUCGAUGAACAAUCCACUACAUCGAUCCUCAUAUUCACAGCCUACAACCAUUGCUAUUACAUAUAAUAUUAUCACAGAGAGAGAACUAAAGAGAGGCAUAGGAGGUUUUAGAGAGAGAGGAGGGUUUCGUUUUAUUUGUUUCUUUCUUCCUCCGUUUUGAGUACAGGAAUGACCAGUGGGUGUGGAAAUUGGGCUGCCUUCUUUAAUUUUCUUUAACUUCGAUCUUGGCAUUUUUCUUUUUAUCAAGGGAAUGACGAGGGUUUCGGUGUUUGGUGUUGGGUUUGGUGGUUUUAGCGUAAUCUGCUUUUGAUGAUGAUCAUGAUAUGUAUAGAAAGAUCGCAAAAAAAAAAGAAAAAGAAAAAAGAAAUGGUUGUUUUUCUUUCUUUUGUGUGAGUUUUAAGUCUGUAGCUCUUUUACCUCUGCUUCUGUGUUCAUUACUAAUGCUAUACUACUAAAUCUGCUAUUAA